AUGGACUUGUCUAAGCCGAUUCUAAACGAAGAGAUUUGGUCGCUCUCCAGGGAACAAUACCCCUCAACCACGCCAGAAGCUUUUCGGUUGCAUUAUGACCGAGCACGUUCAAUGUGUCGGAACAUUGGUACGCCUAAUCCCAAGUUCGGUGGCUCAAUUGCGAUUUAUGACAUCCAUGAUCUCUCUCCAAAAUUCUGGGCCUUCCAUUUCGAUUUGAUCGCUACCCGUGACAUGACUGCUUUCAUCAUUGCUACUAUUCAUCUAAACCUCUGCAUCGGGACUCUGAGCUCAUUCUUCACAACUCGUCCGGAUUUAUCGAAUUUGCUGGACGACCUGCUGAGUUUUAGGACAUGUGGUGAAUUCAUGCUGACAGAGGUUGGACACGGCCUGGAUGCCCGCAAUCUAGAGACCGCUGCGACGUUGUUGCCAAAUGGCUGCUUCGACUUGCACAGCCCAAACGAGUCGGCUUGGAAGGCGAUGCCGCCGUCGACUCCCCUGUGUGGCAUGCCACGCGUGGCCAUAGUGUUUGCUCGACUUAUCGUGGGCCAUGACGACCAUGGCGUGAAGCCUUUUGUUGUGGAGCUUAAUGACUCACAGCAAAUGCGCAGGGGCAUUACAUCAAGGAUCCUCCCCGUACGACCAGGCACAAAACCACUGGACCAUGGCAUAACGAGCUUCGACCACGUCCUUCUGCCACCAACAGCCCUCUUAGGGUCCGAAGCCAAACCAGAUGACGCCCGACGCGACUUUCUGCAACAGAUCUGGAGGGUCUCCAUCGGCACACUGUCGCUUUCGAUUAUGGGUGUGUCGGCCCUCAGGAUCGGAAGUCGCGUUGCUCUCACCUACAGUCGGCGCCGACUCAUCACAACGGGCGACGGGGCAGCAAAGGUGCCCAUUCUACGCUUUAGUACUCAGAGGUGGCCCAUUGUUCGAGGAUUUGUAAAGUCCACCGUACUUAGAGCAUUUGCCGAAUGGACCAUCGACCGGUUCUGUAGUAAAACACUGAGUGGCAGUGUUCGGCAAGCAUUAGCCGUGGUUUUCAAGACGUCAGUUGGGCGGGAGACAAAGCUUCUCACCGAACUUUCUGAGCGCUGCGGGUGGCAGGGCCUGUUUGCCUAUAACCAAAUUAGCGAGCUCGCACUGACCUUCCAGGGCAACUCUAUUGCUGAGGGCGACACUCUGGUGUUAUGUAUACCGCCGCGUUCAGGUCUGGGAUCCGAGCUGCUGGGAGACAAGUACUCGCUGCCGGAACCGCAAGAUCCACUCGCUCCUCUGGCCAAACACGAGCUCGGGUUGAUUGCAGAAGCCAGGCAGGAAAUGAUUGAUCUCGGUGGAUAUGGGGAACGUCGCAGCGCAGCAUUCAACAACAACAUUGUGCCGCGGUGCAGAAAACUCAUAGAAGCAAUAGGCGAAAGAAUGGCAUAUGAAGCUGCGAGAGCCCGCGGGGUGCAACGGGAACUGCUCCACCUGUACGCGCUUCUCUGUAUGGAGGAAGAUCUGAGUUGGUACACCGGAAGCGGCGUCAUUACGAGGAAGCAGUUCUUCAAGUCUCUGGUGGAGGCGUACAAGGCGGUCCUCCCGCUCUUGCUACAAUUUGCUGACAAUACUGCAGAAGCAGCCUACAUAACUGCACCGAUAAUGUCCGACGAGUCAUGGCGCAUUUUUCUACAGACACUCCAGUCCUUCGGACACAGUGAUCCUUCUGCGUCCCUGGAAACAUCAAGCAAGCUCUAG